UUGAACGGAACUUUCAACCAUUCUGGUCAAGGCGCCAAGGCUUUUUCAAUUGACAAUCUCGACCCGAAUCACGAUUGUCAUUGAGAGUGGCCUCGAAAAGAAAAGGUCGCGCUUGCGGGAACCGUUGGGCCUUGGUACGCGCGUAGACCUACAUCGUUGUUCCGUGAGUGGUACGGACUUGGAUUGCAUCAUCGUGUCGCAGGUUUUAUGGGGCCCGAAGCUACAACAUCACGACACCCGGUUACUUUGCGCUUCGUCUAGUGUCUCACCUUCACUAUGGCUCACACCCAGCCAUCGCCCACGGGCGGCGUCACACCUCACCAUGGCCAUCUUGCUGCUCAUCCGCAGGUUAAUGGCCACAUGCCUUUGCAAUCGCAGGGCCAGAAGGGUCCUCCCAUGAGCACUGCUCAAAAGAUUGCCGCGCUGAACGAGCAGGUGUGGCUUCAAAUUGGUGGUCUAACUGAACUGAUGGGAGACCUUGACGGUGCUAUGAAUGCAUACGAACAGGCUUUGAGGCAUAAUCAAUGGUCUAUUCCUGCAAUGAACGCGAUAUCCUGCAUCCUGCGGACCAAGGAACAGUUUCCGAAGGCGAUUGAGUAUUUGCAGAAUAUUCUGAAGCUGGACCCCACGAGCGGCGAAACAUGGGGCAGUUUGGGUCAUUGUCAUCUCAUGAUGGAUAAUUUGCAAGAGGCAUAUACGUCUUACCAGCAAGCGCUCUACCAUCUGCGUGAUCCUAAGGAACCCAAAUUGUGGUACGGUAUCGGUAUCCUUUACGAUCGUUAUGGUUCCCUCGAUCACGCCGAAGAAGCCUUCUCCCAGGUCAUGAGAAUGGCGCCUGAUUUCGAGAAAGCCAACGAGAUCUACUUCAGAUUGGGAAUAAUUUACAAGCAGCAGCAGAAGUUUAAUCAGAGUCUGGAGUGCUUCAAAUAUAUUGUCACCGACCCCCCACGUCCUCUCACGGAGGAAGAUAUCUGGUUUCAGAUUGGCCAUGUCCACGAGCAGCAAAAAGACUUUGAUUCGGCGCAACAAGCCUACAGACGGGUUCUUGAGCGUGAUCCGAAUCACGCAAAGGUCUUGCAACAGCUUGGGUGGCUGUAUCACCAACAGAGCAACAGCUACACCAGCCAGGAAAAGGCAAUCGAGUACCUUGAGAAAUCGGUUAGCGCAGACAACACGGAUGCGCAGAGUUGGUACCUGCUUGGCCGAUGCUACAUGUCCCAAGCCAAGUAUCCCAAGGCGUACGAGGCCUACCAACAAGCCGUCUAUCGGGACGGUCGGAACCCAACUUUCUGGUGUUCUAUUGGUGUGCUUUAUUACCAAAUCAAUCAGUACCGCGAUGCAUUGGAUGCCUACUCGCGUGCGAUUCGCCUAAAUCCUUACAUAUCGGAAGUUUGGUAUGACUUGGGAACUCUAUACGAGUCCUGCAACAACCAAAUUACGGAUGCGCUCGACGCGUAUGGUCGUGCUGCCGAUCUGGACCCGAGCAACGUCCACAUAAAAGCACGCCUGCAGCUCCUUCAGAGUCAGUUGUCAGGCACCAACCAGAGCAAUGCGCCGGCUCCUCAACCUCAGGAUGUCCACCCGCAGGCCUACCAGACUGGUGUUGGAGGACCUCCCGCUCCUCAGUGGGGUGCACCGGCACCGACUGGUGGUCCUCCUCCCCAGCCUCCUGCUCCACCAAGGCAGAUUGCUGAUUGGAACCGUGGCAUCAACGAACUUCAAUCUCAGGCUCACGCUCAAGCCCAGGCGGCAAAUGGAUUUGACCACAGGGAUGCGGUUCGAGCCCCCGCAGCUAUUCAGCAACCCAGCCCACGCCAGGAGCCAGGAAGGGGCUUCCCCGACGCUGUCCGUCCUCAGCCUACCGCAGCUCGUUCCCCGAAGACUGCACUGGCCGGCCAGGGCGUGUACGCGCCUGCACAUGCACUUCCUCAGAUUGCAAACCCACCUGCCCCGUCUCACGAGCGUGCCCCUAGUGGUGCUAGUGGUUUGCCUUCGGCAACUCGAGGACCGUUACCUCCUGCCCCCGCAGGGCCCCCUUUUGCUCCCGGUGCGCCUAAUGGUGCUCCUACUUCUGGCGGCCCUCUACCCCCUUAUCAUCGCCCAUUCACCCCUCCGGCUGAGAUCAGGCCUAUCCGUGAUGAGCGACCCUCGUCUCCUGGUUCCACUUACCCACACCAGCAGUAUCAUCACGGUCCUAGUGUGCCACCUGUGCAGGGCGCUGGCAGCACUGGAAUUGCGGGCGGUGCACCCGCGCCUCCAUCCGCCAUCACUGCCGCUGAGGCCGCUGCUCGCGAACGUGAAGAUCGUCCCGCAUCUGCAAUGAAGCGUGCUCGCGAGUGGGAAUCCGAGUCCGCACCCGUUAAGAAGAUUGCGAAUGAAGAAAGCCGUGCUCGCCUCGAUGAACAGCUUCCUCGUCGUGUCAGUCCUCCAAACCGCAUGCCUUCCCCCGGCGAGAUGCAGCGUCGUAGCUCGUCUGAAGUUCGACGCGAAGACCAACGUCGUAUCAACGAAAGUUACCAUCCUUCUGAGGCGGCUCAUCACCCUCCGACGCUGCCAUCCAUCCAGCACAUGCCGCCACACGCCUCUGGCUCUGGGCUUCCUCCAAUGGCUGAAGGGUCUGCUCCGGCAGCCAACGGACCACAGCCUGGACCUUCUGCUCCUGUGCAGGUUAAGGAGGAGCCGGCCCGCGGCGAGCAACCCCCCGCUCAUGAACCAGCUGCGCGGAAGAUGGACGUGGACGAGAACUAUGAUGACGAUGGCGAUGAUGAUAAAAGAGCCAACACUGCUGUAAAGGGCAGCCCUCCUGCCAGCGGAUCGAGCAAUACCAACAAUGCCACCAAUGGCAGCCAGACUUCACAGUCGAAACCGGAGUCAACAGCCUAGGGACGCCACAUCCACAUGAGUUUCCUGCUGUCUCCAUUGAUGAAUGUACCAUGUUGCCUAUGGGCUGAGCCUGAAUCAAAAAAGCUCACACGAAGUUAUCAUUAUGAGACUUCUUGUUGCCUUCGCUUACUUCUUCCCUGAUUUUCUUUUCUU